AUUCAAGUCCCGGAUAUAAAAUCGUGCUCUCAUUGGCUGAUUUGAAACUCGUCACCAAUGGGAACACGAAUACACAUCCGGGACUUGAAUUUGCCCCCCAAUAGCCGCGUUCCCUUUUUUUUUACUGAAUUAAGAUUACAAUGCCUCCUCUAGUGUUAUUUAUAAUCUCUAUGGGUCAUCCUCACUGAUCUCAAAAAUAUGGCGGACUGUCAUGAAUAGCGAACACUGAUUGGUCAAAUUUAAAAUUUGUUGUUGUACGACGAAUGACGACUUCAACUGACAGAUACUUCAUGAAAAUAUUUUGCUUUUUGCACUGCAAUAUUUUGUAGGUUUGCAAAAAUUUUUGACACUUAUAAAAGCAAUUUGUUAAAUAAAAAGUUUAAUAAACAAUUACGGUAUCAAAUAUCAAUUGAGAAUACAUGGAGCCAAACAAAAAGCGAGAAGAAAACGACAAGAAUGCCGAGCGUCUAGCGAAGAGAAGGGAGCGAAGACGACAACGUUUGCUCGCGGAGACUGCUGAGGAAAGAGAAACUCGCCUGGGAAAACGCAGAGAAGCAUGGAAAAAAAAGACUGCCGAGGCAAAAGGUAAGCAAAGGGAGUAUAAGAGAGUCCGUUAUAGGCAACAGAAAGAAGCUGGAGAAAGUACCGAGGAAAGAGAAGCUCGCUUGGCAAAACAAAGAGAAGCCAAAGCAUGGGAAAAAAAGACUGCUGAAGCGAAAGGUAAACAAAAUGAGUAUAAGAGAGUCUAUAGGCAACAGAAAGAAGCUGGAGAAAGUGCCGAGGAAAGAGAAACUCGUUUGGCAAAACGAAGAGAAGCGUGGCAAGAAAGGACUCCAGAAGCUAAAGGUAAGCAAAAAGAGUAUAAGAGAGUGUAUGAUUUAGAUAAAAUGCAAAAUGAGACUGAAGAAGAACGAACAAAUAGGCUACAAAAGAGAAAGCAAGACCAAGCAACCGAAACAGUUGAUGCCGAACGAGCAAGAAUACUUGAAAUACUACGAGCAGUUUUUCACAAAGCAAGUUCAAAUGAAAAUGACCAAAAAUCAGAUGAGCAGUUGAGUAUUUCUGUUGAUUCAACUGUAGAUAUAUCUGUUCUUGAAGCAGACAAGGAUAAUGAGUCUGUACAUGAAGCAGAGGGGCCAGGGGUGAGUAGAAAUGAAUAUUUACAUGAGGGUGGUUGGCAAAAUGUUGACAACCCUCUGCAUGAGCUAGAGUUUGUACAAAAUGAAAUGCACAGUUUUCAUUUAGAUCAAGAACAUUUAGAGCAUCGACAAUGUACAAUGUGUAAAGAAGCUUGGCCGACACGACAGAACUUAGCAUCAGAAGUAUACAUUUGUUACCGGUGUAAAAGAGACAAGAAAUCACCCAAGAAAUUCAGUGCAGAGAAUGACAUGGACCCAGGAAUAGUUCCUGAACAAUUGAGAGGUUUGACACAGGUAGAAGAAAUGUUAAUUUCAAGGGUUUGUCCCAUUAUGAGAGUGUAUAGAAAACAUGGGGGUCAGAGGGGGUAUAAAGGACAUGUACUUAACUUACCACAAGAUAUUCAAAGUUUCUUGAAUAGGUUGCCUUCUCGUGUGGCAGACUUGCCUGUCUUGAUUGUGCGAAGACAUGGUGCAGAAGACACACAUCGAGACUUUACUGUGCGUCGACACAAAGUUCUUGAGGCUGUACUAUGGUUAAAGACAAACAAUCCGUUCUUUAAAAAUAUUGAAAUUGAUAGAGAUGUCAUCCAAAGUUUACCAGAAAAUGGUAUUCCUCAUGAGCUAAGGUAUGUCAUUGAUGAAAAUGAGCUUUCAGUUCAUGUUGAAAAUGAGGGGCCUCCCCAAGACCCAGUAAUGAGUGCUAAUGCAAGUGUGGAAGAGUUAGUUUUAGGAAGUGGCAGUACAUCGUUUAUUCCUAUGCGUCAAAGACAGAGAAAAGAAGGUGCGGCUAUCCAAGAUGCAGUAAGUGAGGUUGAUCCGUUAGACUGGCCAUCUACUGAAGGUAAUCUCAUUAAUGAAUUUAAAACAGAUGGUUUAGCUACUAUGGCCUUUCCUACAUUGUUUCCUUAUGGGAAGGGUGACCCAACAAAUAGGGCAAGACAACAUGGUAUAACGUUAACCGAAGCUUUCAAACACUUAAUGAAGUUUGCAGAGAGGCUUGCAGAUGGUAAGUUUGAAUGGAGGUUUGCUUCUCACCCUCGGUUUCCUUAUUGGGCGUUAAACAUGAAACAACGACAUCAGCUGUUGUCACAAGCAAACGUUUACUUGCGUCAACAUCCUGCUGAUGCAAACAUGACAAUGGAAGAACUGAAAGCAGAUGGUCAAUUCCAUGAGUGCAAAUCAAAUGGUAAAUAG